UGGAUAUUGAAGUCGCAAUGGGUUCUGGGAUGUAAACUAAUAAUCAGCGCCACUAACCUUUUAUUUUGAAAGCGAAAACUUCUUUUAUUUGUGAUGACUGGUCACUAGAGAAAAACCAGUAGAAUGAUUGAGAGUGUACAGAUUCGCCACAGAGGGGCGAUUGAUUUUGACAGUCACUAUGACAACCUCUGUGCCAUGCAAGACUCAUGUCCUCUUCCAGCUGUCAAAGCACAUCUUCAACAGAAUGUAUUAGAUAUCAAUGGAGAUCGAGUCAGAGUAACAGACUGGCAGCCAAUAUUAAACACACUUAAAAUCAACAAAAGUUUGGAGUUUGUUGGAAUACGUAGUUACUACACACCACCAAAUGACGAUAAUGAGAAGAAAGCCAUUAUUGAGAAGAGAAAGAUGCCAUCAAUCAGGUCAAAAGAAAUUACUUAUAGGCUGUGUAAAGCAUUGAAGGAAUGUCUGAGUGUGACCCCUGCUCUGUCGUGCCUAGAGUUACAAGGUUUACCUUUGAGAGAGCGUGACCUGACUACAUUGAUUAAAGGAUUGGCAAAGAACUCAACAUUGAGUCAUGUAUCAUUUGAGUUCUGUCGUAUUGGAGAUAAUGGAUUAGAUAUUCUGUGUAAAGGAAUAAAGAACUCAACCACAGUAAAUUCUAUCAACUUUACUGGAUGUAGUCUGACAGCAAAAGGAGCUGAUUCAUUAGCAAAAGUGAUUAAGCACCAAGCAAUGAAAAGACACAAUGAAGCCUGGCGGGAUAGUCUCAGAUAUAGACGACCAGACCUUGACAGGAUGUCGGGAAUCAGGCGCAUAACAAUAAAUAAUAAUCCUAUGUUAGGUGAUCAGGGAGCAACAUAUCUGGCUGAGGCUCUCAAGGAUGACCUCUGGUUGAAAGCAUUAGACAUGCAAGGAUGUGGUAUAUCUACAACAGGGGCCAAGUCGUUGCUGGAUGUAUUGAAAUACAACACAACCGUGGUAGUCUUGGAUGUGAGACGGAAUCCAUUGAUAGACCGAGAAGUUGUACAUGCCAUCAUGGAACAGUUAAUGAUCAACAGUAAUGGUCAAGACACUGAGUAUAAAUGGUUAAAAGCAGAAGAACCUUUAGACCCUGCAAAGUCCAAAUUAUCAGCAAAGAAAAGGAGAACAAAGACAUUAAAUUCAAGUUUUGGUAGAAAAACCACAAUAAAGAUUUCAGCAAAUACUAGUAGACGGAGAACGAAGUCCACAGGCAAUGUUAAUGUAGCAAGAAAAAUGAAUCCAAUCAGCUCUGAGGAAAUAAAAUCUGGACCUGGACGUCCUUGGAGAACAGCUGCUAGGGCCAACAGAUUUAGAGGUUUCCCCCCUGAACAUGUACCAGGAAUAUCUAAUCUAUAUGAAAACAGCGAAGAAGUGAACCUGUCCACACAUGAUCAAUCAUCAAUUAUCAUUACAAAGGAGGAGGAUGAAGAUACGCUAAGAGAACUGGAAAAAUUGAAAUUAGAUGACAGUGCCCUAAUUACUGAGGUUAACAAUAUUAAGGAUUUAAGAGUUGAGCUAAUUCAGAUGAAAAGAAGAAUGCACCAAGAACAAGUGGCUAGAUCAAGAGCUGAUAAAAGAAUAGUAGAGCUAACUUUAGAUAACAAGAAAUUAAAGGAUGAAUGUUUCCGACUGAAGCAUGACAAAGGAGGAGGGUGUCUAGAUGAUGAUAGUGUUCUGGAGGAGAUUGAAGCCUCGUUUAAACAGUUCCAUCAAUUCUUAGACUUGCUAAGAGAAUCUGGAUUAGGUCAGCUGAUAACAAUGGCGGGAUUGGACAAAAAGGACACGCCUUUUGGUAGACACAUGUCUUCCACUGCUUUAAAUGGAAAUUCAAGCUUCAGAUCAUCAUUUAUUUCAUCUAGUCCACCUAAAGUGGCCCCUAAACCACUCAAACCUACAUCAAGGCUGAAUGCCUACUAUGGCGAUAUUUCAUCUAGUAAACCAGUAGGUGAGGGUCAGUUAGGGGGUUUUGGAAGUUCCUUAGAAAAGCCAGAUAAAUUCACUGCCAAACUUAUUGAAAGUUUUAGAGACCCUGCCAUGCAAAGUGGAUAUGGGGAUGAUAGUUUCGAAAGACCAUCCGUUAAAAAAACUGACGAUUUGUAUGAACGCAUUUUACGUGAGACCAGUGGAGCAUUUAAUUCUAAUGUGAGUGUGAAUACAAAUGAUAGACCGGAUGCAAAGGGAGAUAAAUCCAGCACAAAAUCACAAGUCAAACCAGCAAGUGUGAUAGCUGACGAAAGGGAGACGGAAAAAGAAAAUAUCAUGAUGGACCUUAGUGAAUUGACUUCACAGCUGCCGAUGAGCCGGUCUCAAAACUCUGAGGAAGACCGGUCGCUACGUGAUAGUUUUUUCAAAGAUAUGUCUGAGGAUGAAAGACCAACUCCUCAACCACGACCAAGAAAAAUUAGCGAGUCGGAUGAUAAGAAGUCUGGUGGCAUCAAAGUUGGAAAAGUUGAACCGAUGAUUGCUUCCAAAAAAGACAUGAGUGAAAGAGAAUCUCGGUCGCGCAUGAGUGAUUAUAAUUAUAGCAUGGACAGUUUUGAGCAAUCUUAUGUUAGUGAACGAGGUGAGAGGAUUGUUUUAGAAGGUGACCUUGAUUUAGGAUUUGGAAACUCACCUUCACCACCUCCGGAAGUAAUUGAAAGUGAAGAAGAUUUUUAAGGAAUUAGCUUUCAUUUCCUGUACACAUAAACACCAAUAUUGAAUUUGUCUGCUUUGGAAGGAUAAUUUGUUAGAGUUAUGACAGAAAAAAAAAAAAAAGUUACAGACAUAUAAAAGCAAAUGUUUUACAAAUGUCAUAAGGUCAACCGGUGCAAAAUUUAGGUCAAUCGUAGAAAAAUUUGGAAGUCAAAAUUGUUAUUUUGAUAUUUGUAAAGGAAAAUUUGUCAGAUAUUGGUUUGAAAAAAAUAUGUUUUAUUUGGAGAAAAAAAUAUUUGGUAUGGCCUAAAUUUAUUUAUUUUUUCUUUGAUUUCUGUUAUAUGAAUUAAUUAGCCUAAUUUAUUAAUGAAUUAAUUGAGUUUUAUUACUAUUUUGAAUAAUGACAUUUUGAUAUCCUUAUACCCACUUAGAACUAAUGCAAUCUCUAAUCAUUUUCUAACCAUUGAACAAAUUGUUGCAGAUAAAACAAAGCUAAUAUACCUGUUCUGACCCUCAUUGAAAAUACAACUUAUAACACUGUUUUAACGCAUUUUUAAGUCACAUGAGCUUCAUUUGAAUUGAAAAAUUUUACAUGAAGUCCAAGUUAUAUUUAAAUAAAAAUAUCAUUUUUAUGUCAACAUUAGUCAAUGUGUAAAUUAAUACUUCAAAUUCAGAAAUGUGGUUGUUCCUUUAUUAUUGUGAUUAACAAGAUUAUCAUUACUACAAUUUCAGUAGAUGCUAAUGCUUUCAAACUUUUAAAGCGAAGUUUUUUUUUUGGCGAAACCUAUCCUGUCACAAUAUUUGAAGUAAUAAAAAUAUAGCAAACAUUUUUAUACGACCGAAAAAAAAUUUGCGGUCGUAUAUUGGUAUGACGUUGGCGUCGUCGUCGUCGUCCGAAGACACAUUGGUUUUAGCACUAUAACUUUAGUUUAAGUGAAUGGAUCUCUAUGAAAUUUUACCAUAAGAUUAAAUACCACAAAAGGAAGGUUGGGAUUGAUUUUGGGGGUUAUGGUACCAACAGUUUAGGAAUUAGGGGCCAAAAAUAAGCAUUUUCUAGUUUCCAGACAAUAACUUGUGGAACGGUGUAUGGAUCUCUGAAAUUAUACCACAAGUUUCCAUACCACAAAGGGAUGGUUAGGAUUUGCUUUGGGGGGUUAUGGUACCAACAGUUUAGGAAUUAGGGGCCAAAAAUAAGCAUUUUCUAGUUUCCAGACAAUAACUUGUGGAACGGUGUAUGGAUCUCUCUGAAAUUAUACCACAAGUUUCCAUACCACAAAGGGAUGGUUAGGAUUUGCUUUGGGGGGUUAUGGCUCAAACCGUUUAGGAAUUAGGGGCAAAAAAGGGGGAAAAACAAGGUUGUCCUGGUUAAUGGACAAAUACUUUAGUACAAAACAUAAUUUAAAUCAGUGUAAGGGAGAUAAAUCAAAUACAUCAUUUGAAUUACCUCCCUUACACUGCUUUUAAAUUAUGUAUAAAGUAAUGGUUAAUGAACAACUAAGACAAUUUAAAACAGUGUAAGGGAGGUAAUCCAAAUACAAAAAAAUCCAUAUGAAAGAUUUGACACCAUAUUUUAAAUUCUAUUAUAAAAUAGAUUAAGUUGCACAAUGGUAAAUUAAAAUGGGUAAUUAUGGUUGCAAAUUCCAUUGGAAAUUUGUAUUGAGAUUAUGACCAUAUCUUGAGGGAAAGAAUUUUU